GGUAAGAUCUCAUCGAUCCCAUUUUCUCAUAACUCCUUUUUUUUUCUCUCUCUCUUUGGCUUCAUUUUAUAGUUUUCGCGUCGUUCAUGUUCCGUUGCCAUUCUUGUUCUGUUGACGAUAAUAUGGCUGGUGUUUUCACAUGCUAGACUCCCUCUCUCUCUGUCUGUCUCUCAAUAUCACCUUUAUCUAAGCGGAUCCCCUUUCCUACGGGGCUUCCCUCACGAUAAUCUACCUACCUAGGGUACCUAAUGUCUUCAAGAAUCGCAUCUACGUUUUACCUACCGAUAUGGCUGCUUGCCGGACAAGUGUCAUGCGGCUCCAUCGCGGCGUGGUGGAACACGCAAGCGCCCAGCUUCAUAAUGCAGGACGACGACACGGGGAACAUACGGUAUAGCCUCUGCAACGGCAACUACACGCCGAUAUUCCCGGACGACAAGACGCUCGUGGCCCCCUUCAAAGACCACCUGCCCAAGAACAAGACGAGCCUGUCGGCGGCAGGGUGGGUGGACGGCGAGACCGCAACGGCGUCGAUUUUCUACAUGGAUACCAGUGACGAGAUCGUCAAUGCGCUGCUGAAAUGCGAUUGGAAUACGGGACACUGGGAAAACACGGGCGAGUUCGUCGUCUCCGGGGGAGCGCCUAAAGUCGCCCCGGACUCGGGCAUAUCCGCUGUGCUGCUCGGGUCGGUGGAAGGAUACAGAGUAUACUACAAUGAUCUCGAGGGCACUCUCCACGAGAUCGGAUACACGCGUACCACGACGUGGUCUUACUACGGGGUUGUUUCCCACGACGCGGUUUCUUCCCAGGCUAUCGGGUCUACAUUUUCCAGUGGCAAUAUCUCGGUCGUGAGGCCCCGAGAUGCCGAGAACAUGGGGGCGUCGCAGCUUUACGGCGACGAUAUGUGGCAUCUAUCGACUUUCCCAGAGCCGUUAACACGGACGGGGAACCACUCGACAAACGCAACCAAAGCCUCGGACCUGACGCUCGGCUCCAGCAGCCCGAACUUCACGCUACCGGCGUGGGACGGGAAGGCGUCCGCGCUCGCCGUGACGAUCAACAACAAGGACGUGCGCAGCGUGUUCUACAUCGGCACCGACAAGAAGCUGUACCAGGUCAGCAACGACGGCGGCGGCGGUGGUGGUAACAGCACGUGGAGCGUAUCCCCGCGGCCCGAAGACGACGAGAAGUCCUGGCCCGUAGCCGACGCGGCGGGCGCGCCGAUCGCGGUCGCCAGCGACGUCGGGAGCCGUACUAUGCGGCUGUACUACGUGAGCGGGGGGCGCGUGGUGGAAGUGAACGGGGACCACGGGCGGUGGCAGGCUGCGACGGUGCUGCCCAGCACGAACACGAGCCAGACGGUGGGGGCGCCGGGCUCCGUAGCCACGAGCAUGCCGGCGCCAGACGAAGACGGGAAGUUGAGCGACGGCGAGAAAGCGGGAAUAAGCGUCGGGGUGACGCUGGGGGUGAUUGCGCUUGCGGGGACGCCGUUUCUCUUGUGGCUGAUGCGUCGACGACAGCGACGGAUCGACGAGGCGGCGGCGGCGGCGAUGGCGGCGGCGAGGGGAGAUCAGUAUAAUAAACCGGAGGAUAAUGGAUCGGGACCAGCGUAUGGACCCGAUGGAGCGCAGAUUGCAGCUCAGACGGGUGUUGGUGCUGACGGAUAUGCGUAUGGGUACGGUGCGGCGGCGCAGCAACAGCAGCAGCAGACUUAUGCAGGAUAUCCACAGGCUCAGCCCGUUCAGACGGGGUACAGCCAGCAGCAAUCACAACAGCCCCAACAGCCAGGGGGAGUCGUUUACCCGCAGCAGAUGGGAUAUACUGUGACUCCAGACGGAUACGCACAACAACCUGCAGUGACGACGGCGGUGGCGUACCCGCAACAGGCAGGGUUUACGCAAAAUGGGGAAUGGGUGUAUACUACGCCGACGGGGGAUAACGGGGCAUAUUACCAGCAGCAGCAGCAACAGCAAUAUUACCACCAAUACCAACAGCAUCCCCAAGAGAUGCCCGGGGAUGCCAAACCCGUCGAGUUGAUGAGCUAAGGGCCGAUCCAGCCUAAUUUAUUCGAGUAACUAGCACCUAAUGAGCCAGAUACAAACAAACAAAAAAACGAACAACACUUGUAUAAGAAAAAUCGGGGUCUCUCUUGGAAGAGAAAAGGGAAAGGAAACAUUUACAUCUUGGGUUUUGAAUAUUGAUCUCCAAAAAACAACGGAUUUUCUGGUGCUGGGCAAAUAUGUCUAAGGGUUCCUAACAUAAAAAAACAUGUUAAAGAGGACUAACUGGCUUAGGCUUGUUCUGUAUAUAUAUAUCCUCCAUUGUAAUGUAUAUAACUAGAGAAUGUUAAGUUAUAAUACCAUAACUGUGUAAAAUAGUUGUUGGUGGUGAAGGCUUCUUCGUUGCUGUGUUCUUGAAAUAUCUGGAGAGUUUGGAUCCACUGGGAGCCUGUGAGCUGCCGACAUCUCUAAGAGCGAUAGGGCCUUAUUUAUAUAUGAAAAAAAGUAGACGAGGCUAGAAAGUCUGAUGAGCGUAUUGAUCAGACUCGCUACAUACUCGUCGAACUGACAACAGCCCUGAGGGACAAGUU